AUUGCGUGAGAGGCGACCGCGUUCGAGCAUCUCCACGGUCCAGCGAACUCUAGUCGCUCAUCGUUAUCAGCACGCAGGAAUUCAUUCCGUGCGGAAGUGUCCACUUCAGUCCGGGAUUCUCAUUCUCGUUGUUCUCUGUGCCAUCUGUGUUGUUUUUCGACGUCUCAGCCAGCUCUGCGACGACUUGAAAAUGUGCACCAUCGUCGAAGGAACGACAAGAAGUCGACAUCAUCCCUUCUAGUAGAGGAUUCCAUCGCGGAUCUCCGCUCUAGUACAUGGUUCUGGUACCGUUGAUGAAAGGUUCGCCCGGCUGGUCUGAAUCUCCAACGAAUUCCCGCGCACCAUCGUUGUCGCCACCCACCUCUUCAAACGCCUCAUCGGAGUCGUCUGUCAGAUCUACCGCCAGCGGUGCGACUGCCAACUCGGACACCGACUGUCUCACACCUCCGGAAAUGGGCUCGAGUUCCUGCUGCAGGACCAACCACGUCUACGAGAAGGUCCCCUCCCUGGGCUACUCGCAGUGCGUACAGUCAUCGACGGACGACAGCCUUGCCGUGUACGUACACGUACGGACGUCUCCGAGCGCUAGUCCGAUCUACGCACCUGAGAAGGUCGAGCAACGACAGAAACACGCCUCGAGAGACGCGCAGAUACGGUCGAGCUCCACGCGCCGUGACUUGGCGUUCAACUUACCUCAGCAUGUGAGAUCACGACCCCAUGACGAUCCCUUGCCACACAGCCACCACGGUCGUAAGCACCCUCCGCACGAAAACUGCGUCCAACCCCCGCCAAAUCGGAGUCCAUUCACGCCGAACACCGCGUAUUCGUCGAGACUGAACCCGGCCUACAGUAGCAGUAGCUGUAAUAGUAGCAACGGCAACGGUUCCAGUAGCAGCGUGGGUUCGAGUAGCAGUAGCAGUAGUAGCAGUUCGAGCAGCGGCGGGAACAGCGGUAGCCGGACACAUCCGGCGAUUCGGACCUCAAAUUAUUCAACACCAGCGGCCGCUAGAUAUCCCGGCUGCGGUGGGAAAAAAGCCAUUUGACACAUGGCGAAAAACUUAUGGGUUCAAUUGUUGUAGCUUAAAGUUUGUCUAUGGAUCAAGCAAGCGGGCAAUCAAUCAAUCAGUCAGUCAUUCUCGAGUUUCAAUCAUUCGACGACUUAGAGAAGUUCGAGGAGAUUGACGGAAUCGCGCGAGACCGGGAUUGCGGGAUGGGAUUCUGCGGACGAAGAAAUCACGUGUUAGAUGAUGAACAUUAUUUAUGAAUUGCGCACCGAUUCUCAUCAAACCGA